CUGUAUCGCGUGGAUCGCUCAUACACGGUGCCGGCGGGAUGAGUCCGUCGAUCGAUGGGAACGUGCUGUCUUACCAAGGAUCCAAUUAUUUCCGGCAACGUCUGGUUCUUGCUGUCCUGAGCCAGCGAUCAAUCGUAGUGAGCGGCAUCCGCAACCAAGAUGUGGACCCAGGUCUGCGGGACUUCGAGGCUGACUUCCUCAAAUUGAUCACGGAGAUUACCAAUGGAACGCAAGCGAGCGUCAACGAGACCGGCACACGUGUCUUCUUCAAACCUGGGAUUCUACAUGGCGGCAGCAUUGAGCAUCGCUGUGUAGCCUCGAAGUCGGUCUCCUAUUACUUGGAAGGCCUCAUAUACUUGGCCCCAUUCUGUAAACAUCCACUCGAUGUACGCUUGUUUGGCAUCACGAACGAUUGCGAAGAGCAAUCGGUGGACGCUUUCAAACAGACCAGUUUACCGGUGCUAGGGAAGUUCAUGUACACAGAGAACUUGGAUCUCAAAAUUAUAUCUAGAGGAGCCCCGCCAUUGGGCGGAGGCGAGGUUCGUUUCACAGCACCAGUGUGUAGACGACUGAGAGCGACUCAGUUCACCGAUGCUGGGAAGAUAAAGCGAGUCCGCGGAUGGGCUUAUUGUAUGAAAACCAAUCCGCAAGUGACAUCUCGCAUGGUGGAUUCCGCGAAACAAUUAUUGUUGAAGUUCCUCCCCGAUGUUUAUAUAUAUACCGACGCAUGUAAAGGCAAGAGGGGCGGCUCAUCGCCUGCUUUCGGAAUCUGUCUCGUCGCAGAAACGAGGGGAGGGGCAUUUUACGCCGCUGACGCCAUGUCGGAACCGAGCAAAGGUCGGGAGGAGAUGGUGCCAGAAGUAAUAGGGAAAACCGCGGCUGUGAAUUUAGUUCGGGAAAUAUAUCGAGGUGGAUGUGUCGAUACGGCAAAUCAGAGUCUUGCCCUGUUGCUCAUGGCGCUCGGUCCCGCGGAUGUAUCGAAAUAUCAGUUCGGUACGCUAACACCGUUCACGAUUCAGUUCUUAAGACAUCUUAAAGACUUCUUCGGUUUAACAUUCAAGAUCGCUAUCGACAAAAGAGCCGAGAGCGAGGAGGAUGUCUUGCGAACCGGCGGGGAGAAGCUCCAGUUAUCGUGCAUCGGCACCGGAUAUCUGAAUAUCAGCAAGAAACUUGCCUAAUACAAUAAAUUACGAGU